CGAGAGAAAAAGGGCAGGUACAGAUUUAGAGAUCAUCCACAGCUGAAAAGCCUCCCGCUUCUUGGCAUACGCAACGCCUUAUCCUCUUUCCUCUUGGCAUCAUCAUAAUCCUACGGUUUUUCAGGAACAACAGCGAAAUAAGGCUGGAAUCCAUCAGAAGUGAGAAAAAUAUCAGAGAGGAAUUGAAUCCUUGUGUUUCCUCUUUUCCUAUUUGGUCGCGGGUCGAGAGAAGGGAGAAGGGAGAAGGGAGAAGGGAGAAGGGAGGAUUUGUUUACUGUUUAUACUGGUUGGUGUGUCUGAUUGCGAUAAUGCGCGCUUUUACACGAUUAGGCGCUUUGGUGUUUGCGGCGGUGUUAUCCUUGAUGACUAUCUUGGCAUUGUUACCUCAAUCGAGAUAUACCGAACAUUUGAAGAAAAUCGGAUUAGGAGGGACGAGUAUUAAUGAUGUUACCGAUGGUUUAUGGGAUUGGGCAAAUGGGAAUCACGAUGAAGGCGAGGAAAGUGGUAUUAGAUUGGUGGUUUUUGGGGAUAACUGGGUUGAUGAUACCCUUGACGUGAAUGAGGAUGGGAAAGGAAGGAGUUGGACAGAAGUUCUUUGUGAAGAGGUAUGUUUUUUGAGUUUGCUUUUUGCUUCUUGGUUUUUGAAGUCUUGUCGCUGUUAAAUUUAUACAUUUACUAAUGGAGUUUGAAUAGCUUUCCUGUUCUGCGCAUAUUAAUUUAGCAACUUCACAACCUCCAUCUUCAUAUCCUUCAUCACCACCCACAGGAGCUCUCGCAUCAAAUAAAAUCUACCUUUCUUCUAUCGAAAACACCCUCGGUCAAAAUAAUUCAGAAACAAAAUUAACUACCGAAUCCAUGCUCCCAGAUUUCGAAGCUCAAAUAAAAUCCUUCAUCGCCCUUCCUCUUCCCAAAAAGAAAUUAAAAGAAACAAUCUUCGUCCUCUCAUUCGGAACUUGGGAUGUAUGGCAUUAUACAUCUCUUGAUUACUCCAAAGCUAAAGAAGCGCAAAAUAAAGCCGUCGAAGAAAUGUUCGCUCAACUCGAUAAUUUAUAUGCGCAUCAUCGAGAAACGCUAGAAGCUACCCAUAUUAUCGAGAAGCCACAUAAUAAAUCUCACGUGGUACCGAAACCUCAAUUCAGAGUCGUCAUUCCAAAGUUAUUCGAUCCGACUAUGUUACCCGGUUGGUUAAGUCAAAGACCUGUACCGUUAAGACCUAGUUCUGUGGCAGAACAUCAGAAAAAUGCCAUUUCCCUUUUGAGGGAUUGGGAUAAUAAGAUGGAAAAUAGUAUUAAACCUUGGUUUGCUAGUACACCUGAACUUACUACUUCGGCUGAAUGGAUGGAACCGGUGCCACAGGGGGAAGUAUCUGGAGAGGCAGUUCCAGAAGUUUUUGAUAAGGAUGAGCAGGGGAAAGUAGAGGGUCAUGAGCAAGGUGGUGAAGGUGAACAUCAUGGACAAGAUGAACAAAGUAACUCUCAAUCUCAACCUAAGCGAGAAAAAUCCGGGGACGAAAAGGAAAAUCAAACAGAAAUCCCUCCUCCGCAAAAAGAUAUCUAUUAUUAUGAUCUUCAUCAAUUUGUUCUUGAAAUCAUACUAGAACAUCAACUCGAAGAUGAAGGAUUAUCCGAUGCUUCCGGACUCGGCACAAAAGAAAGCCCCUACAUCUCAGUAUACGAUCCUUGCGUCCAAGAAAGCGAAGGAGAAGGAAACAAUGAAAAGAGGAGAAAAAGCAAAAAGACGGAAAAGAACGGAGCGGGAAAAUUACAAGAAAAUAAAAAGAGAAAUUUACCGGAUAUUAAUGGUCUUUUGAUCUGUGAAGCCCCGGAUGAAUAUCUUUUCUGGGAUGAUUUUUGUAUGGGAAGUAAGGCGAAAGAGAGGGUUGGGAGGGAGAUUGGGGGGAUGGUUAAGGAGGGGAGUUCGUUGAGGAAGGCUUGGGGGUAUGGGGUUGUGGUGGGGGUUUAGUGGGUUUGAAAAAAAGGGCCUUGAGGAGGAAAGGGCUUUUUGAAGGUGGGAAG